CACACACUCUCUCACUCACACAUACACACACACAGGAGCCAAUCAGGCGCGCGGUGACAGACUCCACGCAUGUUGAACGAGCGCGCGGCACAGGAGCAGAGUGCAGCGCGAGACGGCCGUAGCGCUUGCCUGUCAUUAGCUGAGAGGGUGACGGAGCAGCGACAGGGAGAAGAGAGGAGUAGAGGACCCACGCACCCCACACGCAGAGCCGAGGAGAGGGUUGCCGAAAGAAACCCCCCCACGAGAGAGAGUGGGAGACUGACAGAAGCCAAUAAGGCGUCGACAUGAGCGCUCAGUUUGAGGAAGAUAUUCUCGACCGGGGCGAGAGGAAGAGCAGCAAAUCCCCGACGCUGCUCUCCUCUUACUGCAUAGACAGCAUUCUGGGCCGCCGCAGUCCCUGUAAGGUCCGGCUGAUAGGGGCGCAAAGUUUGGCUGCUCUGCCCGGCAGAGGGGAGUUUGACAAGACGGUGAACGGGCCAACGAAGGAGUCCCUUUCCCUCGGCGCUGACAUGCACCUGCCUCCCAAGCUCCGUCGGCUGUACGGACCCGGGGGGAAAUACCUCCACGACCACGCGGAGAAGCUGGACAGGGAGAGGCUCCUCCUGGAGCAGGCCAGCGAGAGCCUCAAGAUCAGCCAGGCGCCGCAGGUGAGCAUCAGCCGCAGCAAGUCGUACCGGGAGAACGCGUCGCUGCACCGGGGAGAGGGCGAGCAGAGCCCCGGGGAGACCUCGGAGGACGGCGCCCUCGGGCUGGUGGAGCUCGGCCCGCUGAAGUUCGAGGAGGACGGCGGCAAGGAGGAGGAGGGCAGCUGCGCGGACGCGGCCGCGCUCUCCCCGAAGGACGAGGAGAGGGAGGAGGGCUUGAACGCCGGGGACGGGGACGUGAGGGACGGGGAGGACAGCGUGUGCCUGUCGGCGGGCAGCGACUCGGAGGAGGGGAUGCUGAAGCGGAAGCAGAGGAGAUACAGGACGACGUUCACCAGCUACCAGCUGGAGGAGCUGGAGAGGGCUUUCCAGAAGACGCACUACCCCGACGUGUUCACCAGAGAGGAGCUCGCGAUGCGUCUGGACCUCACCGAGGCCCGCGUUCAGGUCUGGUUUCAGAACCGCAGGGCCAAGUGGAGGAAGCGAGAGAAGGCAGGGGUGCAGGCCCACCCAUCGGGCCUGCCCUUCCCGGGCCCGCUCGCUGCAGGCCAUCCUCUCAGCCACUACCUGGAGGGAGGGCCCUUCCCUCCUCACCCUCAUCCAGCCUUGGAGUCCGCGUGGACGGCCGCUGCAGCGGCGGCCGCGGCCUUCCCGGGCCUGGCCCCACCGCCUCAUAACAGCUCUGCUCCACCCUUGGCCACCCCGCUGGGCCUGGGCACCUUCCUGGGCACGGCUGCCAUGUUUCGCCACCCUGCCUUUAUCGGACCAACUUUUGGCAGGCUGUUCUCCAGUAUGGGUCCCCUGACAAGUGCUUCCACCGCCGCGGCCCUCCUCCGUCAGCCUGCACCGCCCGUGGAGAGCCCCUCCCACGCAGCCUCUGUCCUCAGCGACCCCUCCUCCUCCUCCUCUUCCUCUUCCUCCGCCUCGUCCUCCUCUGCGGCGGCGGCGGACCGCAGGGCCUCCAGCAUCGCCGCGCUGCGCCUCAAGGCCAAGGAACACUCGGCUCAGCUCACCCAACUUAACAUCCUGCCAGCCGGAGCCACGGGGAAGGAGGUGUGCUGAAGCCUCAACCCGCUCCGGGCGUAUACGCCCCAUUCCAUGACACCAUGACCCACCCACUCCCUCAGAAAAAAAAAACAAAAAAACAAGAAAAGCAAAACCUUCAUACCUCUGGAGGCUUCCCUGAUAAACAUGCCCCCCCCCCCCUACCUCAUGUUUCCCCAACAAUAUAGCACGACCAAAUGCAGCAGAGCACCAGCUGUGCGUCUCUGCUAUAUAUAAGCAUUUCAUCCUUUCACACCGUUUCCAGAGCUUUCAGUUAAAUAAUAACAAUAUUCUGGGAAGAGAUCCAAAGAUUAAAUACAUUUAUAUAGCUAUCUAUUUCAAAUACUUAUUGACAACUUCCACGGUCACUCACAGGUGUUGUAUGGGGGGGGGAUUGUUUACAGUGCAUACAUAUACAUUAGAAAUAUACAGCACUCAAGUCACUAGAGGUGGAAUGUACCAAAUAAAUGAGCUUUUAAUAAUAAUAAUAAUAAUAAUAAUAAAAACAGAUUAUAAUCUUACAAACGUGAGGUACAGUUAACCCAAACAGCUUUUUAGGGUCAUUUAUACAUCUAAAAGCAGGACCUGCGUCUGUUUGUGUGGCUCUGAGGUCGAGACGCACCCCCCAUUACGCCCAGCCGCAGAGCCGAGGAGCGGCAGGGCGUCCCAGACUCUUACCGGGGAAAAGCUCCUCCAGUAACACUGCGGAAUCCGUAUGCAUUGCUGUGUGGGCUGAGCCGGUCUGCGUGUGUAACAAAGACGAGUUUGGAGGAGUUCCCCCCCAUAUGAACCCACCCACCCUGAACCAAAGGAAAAACGCGUCCAUAGACCUUCCAAUAGCGCUCUCUCUGCCAGCCUGACUCCUCUCCGCUGCUCGCCUGUCCGUCCGCCGCGCCCAGCCGCUCCACUGCCAGCCUGUUUCUCACUGACGUUUACAUUUCCCAUCAUCUGCAUCCACCUUUCUCUAUCCGGUUAUAGUUGAUUUUUUUUUUUUUUUUUUGCCCCCUCCCCUCCCCUCCGGCAGUGGCAUCUCAGCUGGCUCUGACUCCGGGGACAUAUACGAGCAAUGACACCUGACUGUGUGAGAGAGGAAAACUGUAAAUAUUGUGUACAAAAAAAAAGAAAAAAAAGAAAAAAAAAGAUUUAAAAAAAAUGGAGGAAAAAAGCGUGACAAGUAAGAGAAAAAGGAAUGAUUUUCAAAACAAGGUCGUGUAUAUUUUAAGAGACCCUGUUUUGAUGAAUUUGCACUCGGUGUAGUGUGUAAUGAAUGUCGCCCUGUGUAGAUUUCCACCUGUGUUUAUGAAUUAUUAGGUUUUUAGAUGAUUAUUUAUGUCCAAACUUUUCCCAGAGGAAAUGAGUGAAGGGUAUUUGUUUUUUUCAUAUUAAGUGACUGUACGUUUCCUGGCUUAAUAACAUUAAUUUGAAUAAAUGACAUUGGUAAAAUGA